AUGCGACGAAUUUCUGUGAAGAAGAGGCCGGAUGCCUUACGCCUUGUACAAAGUCAAGGCCUUGUCUACGCUGACGCCGUCGGACCCCAUGGAUCAGAAACCUACUGGCCAGACAACCGGUAUUACUCUUUCGCCCUUGAAGAGAUCGAACUCCUUGAGAGAGCUGCCAAGGACGUGUUCGACUUGUGCUGCGAGGCGGCUGACUAUCUCGCCGACCGCCCAGACGUCAUGGAAAAGAUGGCUAUUCCUGCAUUCGCGUUCAAGCAGAUUAUAGAAUCCUGGAACCGUGAACCGGCCUGGGGAAGCGUUUACGGACGGUUUGAUGUCUGCUUUGGAGGGCUCCAGCAUCCCGAUCCACGAUUGCGCACACCAAAGUUCUACGAGUUUAACGCAGACACGCCAACAUCACUGCUCGAAAGUGCCUGUAUACAAUGGUUGUGGCUUGAGCAGACGGGUUGUGGAAACGACCAAUUCAACAGCAUCAACGAAAGUCUGGUUGAGGCCUGGAAGCGUAACCUGACGCUCAUUGACGAGAAGCUCGGCCACAAGUCCACAGUCUACUUCGCGACCUGCGACUCCGACUCCACUGGAGAGGACGCCAUGAAUGCCAUGGUCCUGAUGGAGACCUGCCAAAUUGCAGGGUGGGAAACCAGAGCAAUAUCUAUGGGAGAGAUUGGCAUAUCCUUGGAAGACGGUCGAUUCUACGACAUGAAAGGCAACCACCUUGAUGUUGUUUUUAAGCUCUACCCAUGGGAGUUUAUGGUGGAGGACGCACCCGGAAAAGCGUGUUUCACUGACAUGGACAGCAGCGACGGCACUAUCUGGAUCGAGCCGCCGUACAAGAUGCUCUGGAGCAACAAGGCGCUCUUCGCCGUCCUCUGGUCCCUCUUCAAGGAUGACGAGCGGUCAAGGUGGCUCCUCCCGACAUAUUUCGAGGGCGACGAUGUCCCGGCGUCGCUUACAAAAUAUGCGCGGAAGCCGAUCUUCUCCCGUGAGGGCGGCGGCAUCACCCUCGAGGAGGACGGCAAGGUGAUACAGGACUCGGCCGACGAGAGCUACGGGAAAGAAGGCUACGUGGUCCAGGAGCUGGCGCUGCCGCCCGAGUUCAAGGACUCGGAAGACCAAUCCCACUACCCCGUGCUCGGGAUCUGGAUGGUGGACGGGGAGCCCGCGGGCAUGGGCAUCCGGGAAGCCGCGACGCCAAUCACCACCAACGUCUCGGCGUUCGUCCCGCAUUCCAUCGAGGACGGGCCCGUCAACUACGAGCGUCGGGAUGUCCCGACCAAGGAGGAGAUUGACCGGGCCUUGAGCGUCGAUCAGUUUUGCGAUCCCGAAAACGAGGCGCUGGUGCAGAGCGAAAUGGUCCAGUUUAUUGAGAGGAUCACAAUCUGA